AUGGUAGAUGGAAAUAAUCGGUGUUCUGGAAGAGUGGAGGUUUUAAAAGAUAAUCAGUGGGGAACUGCCUGUGAUGCUGGCUGGGAUUUGCUAGAUGCUGCAGUGGUGUGUAAAAACACGGGAUGUGGGACUCCAAAAGCAGCAACAACCGGGGCUUUUUUUGGACAGGGUUCAGGACCCGUGUGGCUUGAUGAUGUGCGAUGUUCUGGGAAUGAGCCAUCAGUGAAAAAUUGUCCAUCAAAGCCAUUAGGAACAAGCAGCUGUAGCCAUAAACAAGAUGCUGGAGUUGUCUGUCGAGAUAUAAAGCUGGUGAAUGGUUCAAGUCCAUGUGAUGGCAAACUUCAGAUUCUUUAUAAUGAUGACUGGGGCGCAGUGUGUCACACAUCCUGGGGUCCAGAAGAGGCUGCAGUUUUGUGUAGUGAGCUUGGCUGUGGUGAAGUUCCAGUGCCGCAGUCAUAUAUGGGUACAACUGUUGGGCCAAUAUGGAUGGAUAAUGUUGCAUGUACCGGAAAGGAGUUAACACUACGGGAUUGUUCAUUUACUGGAUGGGGUGUUAGCAGCUGUGUUGAUGGACUUCAUGCAGGAGUUAUUUGCAUCAGUAAGAUAAUUUCUGUCACAGUUAACUUUUGCGGGAUUGUAAUUCAAGUAGCAUAUCUCACAUUUGCUUUUUCUAGCAAAUAAAAUACAAGUAUAUAGAUGUUUUAAAAUAUUCUUGCCUCUAAAGUCCCUUUUAAUGUCACAGGAUUUGUGAGAAAAAAUGUGGUGAAGAUUGUGAUUACAGCUAACA